AUGUCUUUGGAAUCUUCUACUGCACCAGUACCAAUAACUCCUAGUGCUUUCUCGAAGGUGAAGCUGCCAGAAAUUAAACUCCCGAAUUUCGAAGGCAAACUUCGCGUUUGGAUUACGUUCCGAGACAUGUUUAUAAGCCUAAUUCACCGCAACCACCAGCUGACCGAGGUAGACAAAUUCACGUACCUUCGGUCAUCACUCGUAGGCGACGCGCUGCAGGAAAUUUGUACGAUAGAGAUUUCUGUGGCGAACUACAAAAUAGCGUGGGAUCUGCUCCAGAAACGUUUCGAAAACAAGAAACUAAUUGUAAAGGCUCACCUUGAUGUGCUUUUUGCUGAAGAAUCAAUGAAACGCGAAUGUUACGACGAUUUGAACCAUCUGCUCAGUGAGUAUGACCGGAAUCUGCAAAUCCUAGAUAUAAUUGGCGAAAACACUCAGAACUGGAGUACCAUCCUCGUCUACAUGAUGUGCUCCAGGCUAGAUUUUGUUACUCUCCACCAUUGGGAAUCUCACCAUUGUUCUAAGGAAGUUCUCACCUAUGAUGAAUUAGUCGAUUUGCUUCGCAAUCACUGUGCUGUACUUCAGUCGAUUGCCCCAGCCAAACCCUGCCAGACAGAGCUGAAGAAGCCUCGUUUCACCGUCAGUCAUGCUCACGCGACCACUGAAGCUGCCAAUCGUUGUCUAUUCUGUGGGGAAGGUCCCCAUUCUGCGUUCAAAUGCCAAAGGUUCCAAAAGAUGAAGGUUACUGAGCGGUACGAGCACGUAAAGCGUCGUGGGCUCUGUUUAAAUUGUCUCUCUCCAUCGAAUAUGGCUCGAUUCUGUACAAAGGGUUUUUGCCGAUACUGUAGGCAGAAACAUCACACGUUUCUACACAAUGAAGUGACGAACAGCUGA